GAUGUUUUGUCUACGAUAUUAUUGAUGUUUUCAUGUCAUGUUUUGAAAGUGUCAUUAUUUAGGACAUCGGUGUGCAAAAAGUUAUUAAAUAAGACUAGCAAACGAAAUUAUUCUAACAUACGCAGUAAAAUACAUGCAGUUGAAAAUUUCUUAUGGAAAGGACCGUAAAACUUUAUUAAAGAUUUUAUUGUUAAUUGCUCAGAAGGAUUGCAUAAGCUGUUAUGAUGGAUUGGCUGAUUCCAACAUGAAGGACUAAUAUAAGCAAGAUGUUUUCGUUCCUCCAGCGAUCUUUCCUUUGUUUUGGUGGGCUACUGUCAGCUCAAUUCCCCACCAAAUCUAAAUUUAUUUCACUAUGACAGAAAAGUUUCUGCAACUUGUGUAUGCAUUUUUCCUUGUGUGUUUAACCUUGGUUGUCCCAGCAUUAGAUCCAGGGCUAAAUCCCCAUUCUUUCAGUUGUGAUAGAGAGCGUAAAGUUCUUACUACUUCUUAUGGAGUCAUUUCAAGUGGAAACAAAGAUUAUCCAAAGGAUUCACAUUGUGAAUGGCUCAUCAAAGCAUCUGAUAAAAACUCAUUCAUUACACUUUCAUUUAUCAAAAUGGAUACUGAAUGUUCUUAUGACCAUGUAUUUAUAUAUAAUGGGGAGUCAUAUUCUAGCCCUCUCUUGGGGAGUUUCAGUGGCAAUACAACUCCACCUUUGGUGACAGCUAAUCAUGGAUCAAUGCUGAUAUUGUUAUACAGUGAUACAAACUAUGUGAGGGGUGGUUUUGAAGCUAUCUUCAGUGUGACUGCCUGCCCACUUAACUGUAGCAAUAGAGGUCUGUGUCUGGACCAUCAUUGUUCUUGUGAUCCGUUAUGGUCAGGUGAUGCUUGUGAACAUAAUCUUUGUCCAUCGGCAUGUGGUUAUGAAGAGGGAAGAGGAAAAUGUGAUACUAACGGAUCUUAUUCCUCUAAGUGCAAAUGUACACCUGGAUAUGCAGGAAUGGAUUGCAGUCUGCCUGAUUCCAAUAAGAGUGGGGGAAACACAUGGCAUUUGGUAGCUUCUGAUGGUGUUCAAGCAAGAUCAGGUCACACAGGCACAUAUGUACAACAGACUGAUAGUUUUUAUGUAUUUGGUGGUUAUAUGUUUCGUGAAGUUUUAGGAGAUACUGUAAUGUUUUCUUUUGAAACUAAUCAGUGGCAUAAUAUAACACCAGAUGUUUCUCCAACUGCUCGUUUUGGUCAUGCAGCUGUUUCCUAUCAUCAUAACAUCAUCAUCUUUGGAGGUGAAUUAGAAAAUGGAACUCUUUCUAAUGAAUUGUGGAUUCUGAAUGUACUUACUUGGAAAUGGAGUCUCAUUUCUCCUAAAAGUACUUUUUUCCCACCUCCAAUGACCAAGCAUUCACUUACAUUGGUUGAUUCCAAUUGGCUGUAUGUUAUUGGUGGUAAUCUGUGUGAUGGAACCUUCUCAUCUAAAAUAUACAAAAUUAACAUUGAAGCUAUGAGUGAAUGGCAGAUUGUAGAUACAUAUGGUGGUAAGGAAAGUCUUCAUCGCUUAGUCGGACAUAGUGCACUCUAUCAUCAACAGACAAAAACAAUAUUUGUGUUUGGUGGCAUUACAGCUGAAUUCUCACAUUUAAGUAAACUUAGCAAUCACAUUCAUGCUUUCCAUGUGGAGAAAAAAUUUUGGGUGAAGAUUCAGCAUCACAAAAAUAAGUUCACACCUUUAGAGCGAGCCUUCCAUUCUGCUGCUAUCGUUGGUGAUUAUAUGAUUAUUUAUGGAGGAUACACACAUAAACAUGUGGAAGAAGAAAUAUGUUAUGACAAUGAGACACAUCUGUAUCACUUGAGAUGUCAGAAAUGGGUUGAUGUUUCUAACAUUAGGAAAGAUUUUAUUGGCUUUCCAAAUCCAAUAAGUCAGGGUGUAUUUUCUCAUGCAAUGGGUGUUCGUCGUGAUCAUACUCUCAUAAUAUUUGGUGGAUACAGUGGUUUAAUGCGAUCUCAUUUGCUUGCAUAUGUUCUGCCCUUACCAAUAGUUUCUGAUCAACUUUUAAUGAGCUCUUGUUCAAGGCAUAAGCAUAUGGAGAGUUGCCAGGCAAAUCUUGCAUGUGGAUGGUGUUUUGAUAAUAAUGCUUGUAUUGAAAGACAGGAUAUCAUUAAGAAGUGCAAUAAAUAUUUAUCUGAAACAUGUCCUGGAUUUUGUUCAGUCCUAAGUAAUUGUUUAUCCUGUGCUAUUUGGAGUCAGUCACUUGUACAGAACAUCAUAAGUGAUAGGCAAGAUCCAUUUCCUUCUGUUUCAUGUUCAUGGUGUGUGCAAGACCUUAAAUGUCAUUCUUCAGAUGAUACAUCGAACUGUUCAUUAAGUGCCAAUUUUAGCUCCCAAAAGUCUAGUCCUGUUCUUGGUGCCACAGGCUGGUGGGGUCCUGUGGGAACUGAUAUUUUAUCUCUCAAGGAGUGUUAUCUAAAAGAUUCACCACCUGGACUUGUAUCUGUAAAAUAUCGAUUUCCAAUCAAUCGGUCACAGCCAGAUGAUGUUACCUAUCUUCAUGAAGCAUCAGAAGAUUUAUUUUUUCGUACUGAAACUCAAAGAAAUGAUACAAAUGGAAUGAAGGAAAAUAUUGUGGAAUUCCUUGGGUUUCUGCAUCCCCUUGAAGCCAGGCCUUUAUCACAGAGGAUAUCACAAGUCCUGUUAUCUAGUUGCUCAGCUGGUUCAUCUGCUGUAUUUCAGCUUAGUAACGAUUCAACAUCGAAGCAUUUGGAAAUAGUUUCCACCCAUAAUGCGAAGCCUUCUUUCUACUGUUCAGAAGCUCAUCGAGCCAGAGGAGCUGCACUUUUCCCAGCUGAUUCUAGUGGCCAUAAAUAUAUGUUCAAUUUCACUGUAAGAUUGCCAUCAACUCUGAACGAGACUUCUAGCAUUCAGUUGAAGUGGACAGCUUUUUCUGUAGCUCCAGUGGCUAUUGGUCAUAUGCAUUUGGAAUUAUACAAAAAUGGCUCUUGUGAUUUGCAUCAUAAUUGUCUCGCUUGUUUGACUGAUAACUUAUGUGGAUGGUGCGAAAAUGAUGGUAUUUGUUAUUCUAAAGUAUCUGAAGACAAAACUUCGUGCCAAAGAAAUGGAGAAACUGGUUUUUUAGUGACUCAUCCAAGUAACUGCACUGUUUGUUCAGAUUCCAUCUAUUGUGAACAGUGUACUCAGGUUCAGACUUGUGAAUGGUUAGUGGAAGAAGCCAUUUGUGUGCGUCGGGGUCGUUUUAAGGCAGCUAUUCGUGAUUCUCAGUUUUGUCCUGUGCCUUGUCAUUUGCGAAUAAAUUGUGCAUCAUGUCUUGGGGACCCAGGUGUUUGUGCUUGGUGUGAGGAGUCAAAAACUUGUUUUCUCUUUUCUACUUACACAUCAUCAUAUUCAUAUGGCAAGUGUAGAGACUGGGUAGAUGAAAAUCGUUCUGAUAUGGGGUCUGCCAUAGCUCUAUGCCGCAAUUGUUCACAUCAUGAUAAUUGCUCUUCCUGUAUUAAAGAUCUGACAUGUGGUUGGUGUAGCAAUUCAAAAUAUCCAACAAAGGGCAUUUGUACUGAAGGAGACUUCUCAGGACCAUCUUCAGGGAUCUGUCCUUAUUCUCUAAAACCAAAUCCUGAAGAGCCAUAUGAUCCUGUUUGGUCUUACAGUGCGUGCCCUGAUUUAGAAGAAUGCUUAAGGAAUUUACAUGACUGUCAUGAAAAUGCAACUUGUUACAAUACUCCCAAUUCAUACACGUGUGAGUGCAAUACUGGAUUUGAAGGUGAUGGGAAAACAUGUAUCAGAGCGAAUUUUGAUUUACCUAUUCUGCAUCGGACAUUAUAA